AUGAGACAGGAAGCAGCUGUUACAUCCUCAGACCGCCAGGAAGCAGCUGCUACAUCCUCAGACCGCCAGGAAGCAGCUAGUACAUCCUCAGACCGUCAGGAAGCAGCUGCUACAUCCUCAGACCGUCAGGUUGGUAUGAAGUCGAAACGUGAAGUGCCAAAUGAAGAAGAUUAUGAUUCCGAAGAAGAGGAGGCUCCUGCUGCAGCAAAUGGAAACUACAAGACGACGUUGAUUGGGAACAAGGCUGAAGCUAGUACUAGUACUAGUACCGUUAAAACCAACAGAAAGUAA